GUAGCCAAAUGAAGUGAGGUUUUAUUCAUAGGUUGGUGCCAUUUGUCUUUUUGGUUGUAAAGUGGGAACUUUUGAAUAAUACAUCCAAUCAGUUCCACAAUUUCUCAAAGAAUGUCCUAGGCAUAAAUGCAUAGGUAUUUACAGAUUUAAGUAGAAUCAAAUGAAAAAGAAGAAGAAAGCUAAACAGGGAAUAUAUGGAGCUCCAGUUAUACAGCUAGCAGAACCAGAAGCUUCAGUAAGAUCCAUGCUUGUCUACCGAUCAAAGCUGUUAACAGCAUGCAAUAUAACAACAACAUAUCCCAUCUCUGCUUGUCUUCGCAAUGUAGAAAUAUGAGAAGCAAUAAUGGAGUGGAAGACAGGACCAGAGGAAGACGAAGAGCCACGAAAGCCUGUCUCUCUACAGAGCCAGAGAGAAUGAAAUUGAAACUGAACAACACUUUAAAGCCCUUGCGGAGAGAGAAUGUGGACGUCUCAAAAGUGAGAUUAAACGACUGGAAGAUGAGAUAGUUUCCUUAAGAGAAAAGAAAAACAGUCAAGAAAAUAAUAUAAGCAAAACCACUAAGAAGCUGGAAGACUUAAGACAACAGAUGAACUGUGAUGAGGAAGUUUUGGAGAGUUGGAUAGAGGAAUCAAAUCGUAAAGAUAAUGAUGCUGUCACAAUCCAGAAGUAUGCACAACAAGAUGAAGGGAAACUAGGAGCACUAACACUCCAAGUAGAAAAGCUGACCAUGCAAGCAAAUCAGAAACGCAGAGCUCUUGAUAAUGAGUUUACAGAAACCGUAACAGCUCAGAUAGAGCUUGACAAGACAGCUGAAGAUUUUCGCAGAGUUCAUCAGGAAAGGCAAGAAGUCAUCAGGCAGUGGGAGAAUGCAAUAGAACAGAUGCAAAGAAGAGAUCAACAGAUUGAUCACUGUGCUAUGUUAGUAACAGAGAUAAAACAGGAGAUGCGAGAAAAAGAAACUGUGCUCAAAGAGAAGACCUCCUUUUUGGUAACUGAAACUGUUAAUAAUGCGGAAUAUGAAAAGACAAUUUCUUCUGCUGAGCGGGAAGCUACUAGCCUCCGAAAUGAGUAUCAAACCCAGGAUACUUACAGAGUUCAGCUGCAGGAUGAGCUGAACACUUUGAAAUGCACUGUGGCAAGAACUACUUCUGAUCUAGACUCUUCGAGAAUACAAGUAGCCAAUCUGAAGAAAGAAAUUCAGAAAAAAAAAUCCAGAUUAACCUCUCUUAAAGAACAAAAUGCAAGUCUUUCCAAUAAACUGAAGCUUGUGACCAAGCAAACACUGACUUCAGAAGAGAAAGCUUUGAGAAUGGAAGAAAUACUAAAGGAAGAAGAGAAAAUUGUCAAGGAAAAAGAAACAGAAAUGAACCAUUUGAAGGACCUACAUUUCAAGAAAACUCAAGAGUUAAAGGUGCAGAAGGAUAAGGAGAAGUGUGUUGUGGCAGAAAUUGAGGGAAGUCGAACAUCACUUAAAAAUCUUAACAGUCACCUGCGUAGACUUGAUGCGGAUGCAUUAAGACAACAGGAAAUAAUGUAUAACCAGGAUUUUUAUAUUCAGCAAGUAGAGAGACGGCUGUCACGGUUAGAAGGGGAGGUGAAUGCAGAUGAAAAACAAGUUCUGGAAGCAAAAGUUGCUGAACUUAAGAAAACCUUAGAAGAAAAGAAAAAUACAUAUAACGUUUUACAUGCGCAACACAAGAAACUUCAGAGUGAUGUCCAUUUCAUCAAGAGAGCAAUGGAUAAGACAGGAGAAGAAACAAGUGGUGUGAUGACCAAGAUAAAUGAACUAAGUCUUUUCAAUGAGAAAUCAGAUCAGGAAUUGAAAAAAGCUAAAGCUAUUAAGCAGGAGAUGAUGGUUGAAGACAAUCUCUUAAAACUAGAAUUGAAACGUCUUCAAGAUACUCUGUCUAAUAAGGCAGAGAAAGUUCUCUCACUGGAAAAACAAAAAUUGAAGUUAAAGACAGCGAUAGCAGAAAGAACUGAAGAAAUUAAGAUUCAUAAGGCAAUGAUAGAUUCACAGAUAAGACUGGUGGAUCAGGAACGGCAACGCAUAAGUGCUGAAUUCCAAGAUCGCCUAAACAAAAUCGAUAAGCUGAGACGCAGAUAUGAAAUUCUUACUGUUGUCAUGAUGCCACCUGAAGGAGAAGAGGAGAAAACUCAGGCCUACUAUGUAAUUAAGGCUGCACAGGAAAAGGAAACACUUCAACGUGAAGGUGAUGAUUUAGAUGCAAAGAUCUGCAAAGCUGAAAAAGAAAUUGUAGCUCUGGAAAACACUCUGCAUGUACUUAAUAACUGCAACAGCAAUUACCGAAACUCUUUCAAGGAAGUCACUGAGACAAGUGAGGAGUACAAUGAAAAACUGAAACUAGAAGAGGAAAAAAGAGCUGCUGAUGAAAAAUACAGAUACAAACGAAAACAGAUCAGAGAACUUCAGGAAACUCUGCAGAGCAUGGAAAAAAGUCUUGAUACGGUACUGAAGCAGGAGGCCCUCUACCAAGAGCAAAAAAAGGAAAAACAAGCUAUUAUUUUGCAGCUGAAUAAAGACAUAGAAGAACAGAAGCCAAAGCUAGAAAGGAUUAUAAAACAGUGUUCCAGACUAUCCAGAGAAAUUCAGUCUGUAAAGAAAACUAAAACAGAAACACAAGAAGAAAGAGACAUUGAUCUUCGUGAAUGGAAAAACUUCAACAGAACCAUUGACAAGCUGUUAGCUGAAGUUCUAGAAGCAAAUCCUGAUUUAACUACACCCUUUCAAAUGUACUUUCACCAGUCCAAUUUAGAACUUCCUACGAUUUCCUCUGUUGGUGGUAGUCAGAGUUCUAGUUCACCAUCAUCGCAAAGCUCACUGGCCUCUAGCAGAUCCUCCAGAAGCGUAAGUUCAGCUUCUAGUCAGGCUUCAGCACUUAAAGUCAUAGAUCUGAGCUUGUCUGUCAACACUUCUGCAGAAACAGCUGCCGUUGGUUCACAGCCACCCAGAAAAAAAUCCUAAAUAAUCUUCAGAAUGCCACAGUAAAGGCCUCAUACUAGUUAAAGCUUCUAUAUUGGUUAAGUUGCACCUUUAUUUAGCAAGAUCUAAUGGCAGUCAGAAUACAUCUUAGCACUAAUUUCUACCAAAAAUAUGUUUUAACUUCUUACUAGAGUAUGCAAUAAAUUACACAGUAUCAAUGUUAUUACGUGUAUGUUUCACAUAUUAAAUUAACUUUAAAAUUACUUUCUCAAGUUCUGCUGUUGGAGAACUAAAGAUCUGAGAAACCCUUCAGAAACCAGCAAUUCAUGUUCUUACAAUGAAAAGGAUAGUUAUGUUAAAGGAAUUACUUUUACUAAACUGGUAUGAUUGCUGCUAUUUCAAGGCAAGCAUAAAACAGACUAGGUCAUCACUCCAGGGAAUAAGCUGACAUUAUGUCUAUUACAUAUCUGCAAAACCUCCAGAACAAGUAGAAAUACUGUCCAAAAAGGGCAAGCUUAACCUUCACAACAGAUUUGAACUUUUCCUGUAAAUAUCUUCCCUCCUUAAAAGUGAUUCAGAGCACUUAUCCUGAAAAUAAUUUUAGGUUACAAUUGAAACAACCUGGGCAAUAAAACUUAUGGUUCAUUUCAAGAUCAUUCUGGACCAUAAAUUUAAUAGUCAUCUCAGAGAUCAAAUCUUAAUGGAGAGAUGAUGGUACAAGAUUAAAGUCAGCAGAAUUAUACUUUUCCUAUUCAACAUUACACAGUACCUGUUUGGCAACUGGGCUAUAUGUUAGGAAUUACUUCAAAAACUUGCAGAUGGAAGUAAAAUUGGUAUUGCAUAAUCAGCCAGACAUUCAGUUCAGUGUCCUCUGCCAAUCAUCUUUGGAGAACUCAUUCUAAAUAGGGAAAACUUCUUUUACAGCAAUGCAACCACUGCCUUCAAGCUACUGUAACACAAAUCCCUAACAGCAACAAAAAGGAUCAAAGGCCCACACUUGAAUAUUUCAGGAGAAUAAACACUGUUUU